UCUUGAUCAGCUCCAUUGAGGUUCCAAUUAGGAAGAAGAACUAUCCAAUGUGAGAAGACAAAUUAAUCACUUUGCCUAAUCUAUCCAGCUCCUUUGUGACUCAUAGCCAAGAUAUUAACUUAAAUGUUGCACUGCCAGAUCCAUUUGAUAAGAUCCUUCAAGAAAUAUCUGAUAUGACAGACUUGGAGAAAAUUUCAAAGAUACUUGGAAGAAAUUUGUGUACAGCAGAACCUCAGUCUAGUAAAGCUUGCCAAGAGUUUCUUUCACGAUUAUGAUCUCAUUUCUACCGCUUAGUGCCUCUAUAUCCAGCUCGUGUGCUGCUAGAUAUGCUGACCAAGAUCUCCCAGAUCUUACUUGACUCAAAUGAGGAUGAAACCAAGAGUACAGAGACCUCAAUCACAUAUCUUGAUAAUGUCACUGAAGCUGUGACAAUCCAGAAUUACAAGUAAUGAAAUCAAGGAGCUCAAAAAGAUGGUUGAGAGAAUGUCCAAACAGCUCGUUAAGGACAAUAUUCCAUAUCUCAAGGUCAAAAAGUUUAGUAAGGAUGAAGACCUGGACAGAAAGUACAAAUCUCUGUUUUUAUACAAGGCUACGAAAGGUCAGAAGAUGGACUGAAACAAGACUUUUUACAAGAUUGUAGACUCCUUCAGAGAUCCACAGAAGUUCCUUGAAAUGAUUCAUUCAGUUAGGUUUGAGUACUUCAAUAUCGGCUGUGAUAUCUACAAAUUCAUGAUUUCUCUGAAUGGCAACUCUAAUGAUGUGUUCAAUUUCUGGAAUAAAGAGGUAGUCAGUCAUGUGAAGAAAUUGAAGACAAAAUAUUUCGACAUCUUUUUGUCUCUAAAAGAAAUCAAGGAUCUUCAUAAUGGUCUAUAUGUUCCUCCAAACUUCUACCAGAUGUCUAAAGAGUCUAAGGAAUACCUCGCAUAUAUGAAGAAGAGAGCAAACACUCAGAAGUUUCUCGACCAGAUGCUCAAGAUGGAAUCUCUCUGGUGAGACAUUCCUUCAAGCCCAGUUCCUAAGAAGCAAAUCCAACGCUACGUAAGCCCCAAGAAGAAGAUCACAGUAAGAAAAGGGAUCAAGUAUUCGAAAAAGUAGUGUUCAACUAAAUUUUAUUACUAA